AGUACGGCCCUAACGUUCAUUGCCGACGGUUCGGUGCAAUACGGUCGCUGGGGAAAUUUUACGCGCCUGCGGUACAUUAUUAAUGGUGUGUUGAUCGAUUUCGCGCCGUGCUUCAACCGUGAGCCAGAUGUCGGCGUUGAAUAAAAGAAUAAGCUUGAAAGCUUGAGGAAGCAGGCAGCAAACCAGAGCGCAAACGCUCCCGGGGAAAGUGCUUACCCGCAGGGUCUGGGUGUACAGUGUAAAGCCAGACCUCCGGAGUACCGUGUAUGUGUGUGUAAGGAAAAACAAAGCAACAGAAAAAAAAUAAACAGGUAAAAGUUGGACAUCCUGAAGUUGGUUCGGGUUUUCGGCACCGUGGCCGAAAGUGAGAAACAGCUCUCUAAACCCACUCACCACCACCACCGCCGAUCACGUCAGCCUCAAAACCGGGAAAAAGCGUGCCCAAAGCCUGAAACGUUCAACCCCUCCGAGUAGUGUAAAAGUGUAUGUGUGUACAUGUGAGAGUGCAAGUGUGUGUGUGUGUGUGCAUUGUGAAGUAAAUUAAUUAAAAAAGUUAUAUUAAAACGUUCUAAAAAGGCAAAACCAAAUUAAUGUUGCACGCUGUUUUUCGGGCACCGGCACACGACGGCGCGGCGUGGGAAUACGCGUCAGGAUUUCCGUUUGCGAGUGUGUUGCGGUGCAGUCGAGCGAGAGCGGGGGCUGCUUGGGUGAAGCAGUGGCCGUAAACCCCCCUCCUUGUUGUUUCCCUUCGUUUACACCACCCGGUCCCCUCGCCAUCCGGUGUCGGCGGUGCAGUGGCUGGAUGGAAAAGGGUUUUUAGCCCGAGUGUGAUUGCGGUUAGGCGGUUCGGUGUUCUCCGCUGGGAGUACGAGUGCGCGUUUGUGGAAUUGUGUGUGCUUGUGUGUGUGUAGUGCAUGUUUUUUAAUGAAGCAAUAGAAAAAGGUGUGUUUUGCCUGUGUCCAACAUGUGUACUGGUGCCCUGGUGCCUGGUUCGGUUUGCAUGGCAGAAGUGAACGAGCAGCAGCAGCAGCAGCAACGGCAGUGAUUUGUUCAGUGAGAAGAAGAAUGCGUAUUUGUUAUGGUGGUGGCUGUUUUGUGUGUGUGUGCUUUCGGUGUGAGUGAAUGCUGAUUGAAUCAUGACUACCAUUUUCAUCGCUGUUCCGGUUCGUUAAGUGGCAAAAUAAAUCGACGACUCGUUUUCUUUUUGGGGAAGCUUGGGAAACAGACACAGCGAGGCAUGGCAGUGGGCCGUUGCUGAACGACUGAGUUUGCGGGGAUUCGUCUGACGCUUUUGAUUAGGAUUAUUGUUUUAGGAGAGGUGAGAGUGUGCAGGUGGAGCCAGCUUGCAACGAAGUCGGCAAGAAGCGGAAGCGAACAGCGUCGCCGUUCACCAUGGGCAUCCCGGCCACCGUACGGUCCUGCGCGCACCUCGUUAGCAUACUGCUGCUCACUGUGAUACAGACCGGCACGCUCGGCUGGAAGCUGGAUAAUCGAAACAUCAUGUACACUAAUCAGGACAUCUCGUACGAGUGCCCAAUCAACACCAUGUGCCGGUGUGCGAGUUUGCCGAACGAAACCGCACUCCUCGAGAUCAAUUGCAACGAGGUGUCGCUGUACAAAUUUCCCGAGUUUCUACACGGGACGAUAAAGCACAUCGACAUGUCACGCACCUUCAUCCACAACGUGGACGACGAAACGUUCCAGGGGUUGCGGCUCGAGUCGCUCAAGCUGGUAGACAACAAAAUACAGGACAUUUCGGAAAAGAGCUUCAACUUCAUGCAGCAUUCGCUGGUGUCACUGGAUCUGUCCGACAACCAGUUACAGGGACUACCGCUGGAUUCACUAAAAAAUGUCCACACGUUAAGCCGAUUAGUAGCUCAGCGAAACAACAUCCACCAUCUCGAUGGCAACUGGGGCGGGCUGGCGGACUCGCUGCGCAGCCUGCACAUUUCGGGCAACUCCAUCUCCGAGGUAUCGUUCUACACACACGACGAGAAGCGUCAGAACCAUACGGCACCGAACUCGCAGGCAUCGAUAAUCAACGCGAAACAGUUCUCGCAAUACCCGCCCGGUACGCCAGGGAUGGGGCAGCAGCAGCAGCAGCAGCAGCAGCAGCAACCCGGUGCCACGGCGGUCAACGGGCUGCAGCAACAGGGCAUCAAACCGUUCGCCAAGCUGAAAAAGCUCGUCUGGCUCGAUAUCAGCUCGAACCGUAUCGCGCACAUCAGCCCGAACACGUUCCCCAAGUCGCUGGUAACGAUCGAUCUUUCCAAGAACAUUCUUUCCCAAUUCCCGACCGCCUUCCUCGAGCAUCUGCACGAUCUGCGCGUGCUGUCGCUGAAGGAUAAUCUGAUAGCGAAGCUCGACGGUAGCCCCGAUCCAGCCGGCCCCACCCGCAUACGGCUCGAGAAGCUCGACCUUAGCCUGAACCUGGUGGAGGAAAUUCCACCCCUGCUGUUCAACGGCAGCGUGCGUAUAAAGGCAAUUAAUUUUGAUAAAAAUUUCAUCCGCCACCUCGAGGCCGACACAUUCCAGGGGCUGAACAUCGUGCACAUGGUGCUGGCAUUUAACUUCAUCGAGUCGAUUGACGAUGGUGCGUUCGGUUCGCUGGAGAACAGCUUGGAGUAUUUGGAUCUGGAGCGCAAUCGGUUGACGGUGGUGCCGACCGCCAUUGGGCGAUUGAAUCGGUUGCGCUAUCUUUACCUAACGUCGAACGAGCUGACGCACAUUCCCGAUCAGCCCGAGCCACUGCUGCCCACUACGCUGAAGGUGCUGUCGUUGAGCGGGAAUAACUUUACCGCCAUCCCGGUGGACGCUCUUUCGAACUGUACCGAGCUGUCGUACCUUAACAUGGGCUACAACAAGAUCGCAGACAUCGAGGAGAAUGCAUUCGCUGGAUGGGGCUCGAACUUGCAGACACUGCUGCUGCGCAACAACAAGAUCACGAGCCUCAACUAUGGCGCGUUCAAUGGGCUGGAUACGAUCAAAGAGAUCAGUCUCAGCUUUAAUGACAUCCACUACGUCCAUCCGAAUGUGUUUGAUAAUGUUUCCUCGACACUUAAGAUUCUGGAGCUUUCGUUCGGUAUCUACCGAGAGGAGUAUCCGGGCGAAGCGUUGGCCGUGCUGACCGAGCUGAUGUGGCUCGGGCUGGACAAUAACAAUCUGAAGACGCUGCCGGACGGUGCACUCUCAACGUUGGGACAGCUAACGUAUGUCAAUUUGGCGUUCAAUCGAAUCGUUGCCAUACCGCGAUGGCUCUUCCGGUCAGACAUUCAUCGAAACUUGGUGGAGAUUGAUCUUUCGUUCAACCAGCUCGAAGACUUACCGAGCGCAACCUUCGACAGUUUGGAGCUAAUACAGAUUAUCAAUCUAUCGUCGAACAAACUGCGCACGAUGCAGAAGAACGCACUGCACGAUCUGCCGUACCUGACGUACGUGGAUCUGUCCUACAAUGCGCUGCAAAAUAUAAGCGAAGGAGCGUUUAGCUAUCUACCCAGCCUGCUGAGCGUGGACCUGAUGCAUAACGAGCUGGCCACACUGUCGCUGAAAGUGUUUCGCCAAGUGUCGAACGCAACCACUCCGAUGCGGCUGAACAUUAGCAGUAACGCGAUCGAGUUUCUGGAUGGAGACGUUAACUCACUGCUUUAUGUGUACUCGCUGGAUGCCAGCCACAACCAGCUGCAGGACACGACCGUGUUUCGUGCGUUGGCUUUUUCGCUGCGCAUACUCUACCUGAACUGGAACAACUUCACCACGCUCGGCAACCAUGCGUUCGGGGACCUGCAGAUACUGGAAAUACUGAACCUGGCGCACAACAACAUCAGCUCACUGCGGCGGCGCAGCUUUGCCGGGUUGAUGAACCUGCAGGAGUUCGAUCUGAGUCACAAUCGCAUCGAAAGCUUACAGAUUGAACAGUUUUCACCGCUGAAAAAGUUGCGCCUGCUGCGCCUCAACAACAAUCGAUUGCGCACGAUCCCGCGCGAUACGUUCCUGAAUACGCGCAUCGAGUUUUUGGACCUCUCGAACAAUCAGUUUGUGGCGUGGCAGGCAACGGCAUUCGCGGACAUUGGGUUCACGCUGCGCUCGAUACAGUUUGAUAAUAAUUUGCUAGAGUUCCUAGAUCCGUACAUGUUCACCAGCACACAGUUCUUGUUGGAGCUAAAUCUGGCUGGAAAUUUGAUAAAACUCAUCCCUGAUAAUGCGUUUGCAAAUCUGAACAAUUUGACGGUGCUGGAUCUGAGCUACAAUCAGCUUAUGCCGGUGAACUUCCGCGAGCUGUUCGUGAAUGUGCCGCGUCUGCGGGUGUUGAGCCUCCGGUCGACGGGGAUCUAUCGACUGCCGACUCUGGCGCUGCCCCAGCUCGCCUCGCUGGACGUUAGCAACAACAACCUGCAGGAGAUCGACUCUCAGGAGGAGCUGUUUUUCCUUCGCGAGCUGCACAUACAGGAGAACAAAGUCAACAACAUCUCGAACCUGCUGCGCAAUCUACCCCCUGCGCUGCGCGUACUGGACAUCUCGCGUAAUCCGAUCCGCAAGAUAUCGUUUCACGAUUUUGCACUUUCUCGUCGGCUCGAGGAGCUGUUCAUCGAGGACAUUAAAAUCGUAAACCCGGACAUCUUCAUCAAGCUGCACAAUCUGAAAAAAUUGCGCAUCAGCGCACAGCACAACUUCAGCGAGUUGGUGUCGAAGUUGCGCGGUUUGCAGGAGCUGUACGUCACCAUCUACGACGAACAUCUGGGCGAUGGACUGUUUACGUCGCGCAUGCACGCCAACACGAAGCUAAACGUGGUGGAAAUUACGGGCCGAAGGUUGGUGUCUAUCUCGAGCAAUGCCUUCCAGGGGUUGGCACGGAAUCACGAUCUGAAGCUGCGGAUACGCAACACGAUGGUGAACGAUUUGCCGCCGGGCGUGUUCUACGCGCUCAAGUACAUCCCUCGGCUGAGCAUCGAUCUGUCGGACAAUCUGCUGGCGGCGCUCGCACCGGACAGCUUCUACCCGAACGCCAGCUCGUGGGAUGCGGUGGGGACGCGCAGCGUCAUCGGCGGGCUGGACGUGUCGAACAAUCCGCUGCAGUGCGAGUGCGGGUUGGUGUGGCUGGGGCACUGGUUGCGGCGCUGGUUGCGCGAGACGGCGCAAGUCAACUUGAUUCCUAAGGACGAAAUGAAGCAGAUGAUUCGUCGAGCUAAAAGGAGUACCUGCACGGAUCCGCUCACCGGAAAGCGCCUGCCGUUCCUGGAGAUCUUCCCCGAGGAUCUGCUGUGCCACGCCAGUGCCCUGAGUAGUUUAGCGUUGAAGUUGCGCUUUCGGUUUAUGUUGCUGUGUCUCAACAUGCUGCUAGUGGUGCUGCACAAAUCACGAACUUUGGUACUGUAAUUUCGGUUCGGCUGACAGUAUCCAAAAACGCUUCAUCCCCCAUCCUCGGACAUCCAAUCCCUUUGUAACAGCACGGAAUACACUCCCCAUUCCCUCAACUCAUCACUAUCUUCCCGCGGCAACAUGUGUACGCGUAGUGCCAACGCGCCAACGAGUAGGUAAGCAUCGGUUAAGAACUGUCCUUAAUGGCCCCCUGCAAAGCCAAUCUAAGGCUCACUAAUGUUUGACAUCGGAUGGGCGGAUGUGCAGAAGCAACGCCGUCGCCAUCCAGCAGCAACAACAACAACAACAACGUUCACUCAUUUUAAGCAUUUUUUAUCGUCCCACUGGUGGUACAUGAUUGUACAUAGUAGUAGAAUUGUAAAUUAUAGACAACAAAGUAAUAAAAAAAAACGCCCGUUUUGUACGAAGUACACAUUUCCAACACGUCACGCAUAUAGGCAGCCAAAAAUCAACAAAUCAUAAAACAAAACCCCAACUGAUGCGUGCGUGACGGAGAGUGACAGACAGCAAUAUAGAACAUGAAGGAAAAAAAAAAUAUUAAGAAAAACAAAUUGUCCUAAGAACUAAGCACAGAUAAAUAGCAGCAGUAGGGUACGAAAAAACAAACAAGGAAACCUCCCCGCAAUGUGUAAAAUGUUGUAAAUGAGCAAAACGAACCUAGGUAAGAGAUCGCAGUAUCUCACACGUUUUGAUGAAUUCCGAUAGUAAGAUAUUAACAAAAGAAAUAAGUGCAAGCAGCAGACGAAGAAACCCAUCCAAUCAAAACCACAUUCCAUCACGAUUGUAGGAGCUUUAGUGUAGGAUAUUAAGUUUUCGGGCACCAGUUUUGCACUCGAGUGAGAAAGGAAGGUAAUGGUACCUUCAAAUUGAACCAAUCGGAGGCUUAAAGUAGCAAGUUUAUGAACGCGAAGGACACGAUGUAUUGGAAUUUCUUUAUUUUUAAUUAUAUUACGAACAUAAUUAAUGGAUUUAAUUUGUUUUUCAUCCAAUGUUUGUGCAUUGAUUGAAGCUACGGCCCGCUUAAACCUCUUCCAAUGCACACCUGUGCGAAACUGUUACAAUGCGCAGUUAUCGGUAGAUAAACACUUUACCUAUAUGCUCACCGCAGCGAAUAAUGCCAUUGUAAGGAAAGUGCUUUCACUUCACAAACAGGCCGUAACAGUACCUACAAAUGGUUGAAUGGUUGAGCCAUACCAACGGGUGAGUGAGUGGGCGGGCGAAUAAAAAAAAGCGCCAACAACCCGUCAAAUGAAUUUGAUAAGCCGACACGUUUCGCCCCGUCAAUCAGCUAACAAUGAUGGCCCGAUGACCUCGCCAUCCUGACCAGAAGAAUUGCACCCGUAGUGCGCUCACGCUGGCACCACCCCACCCCCCAAUACCCCCUGCGGCGCGAUAAUGUGUGUCGGAUCACAGCGAAAUGACAUAAUUAUGCAAUUUUCAGUCCAAUUACGAAAACACACAAACGGGACACAAACCUCGCUCCCCUCAAAGCUUUCCCAUUUCUUUCCUUGUCGUACGGGUCCGCAGGACGCUCGGAAUGGGACCGGGAGUUUUGCACAGUUCAUGCACACGUGGAUAAAGAGAGAGAGAGAGAGAUAGCGAGACAGAGACAGACAGACAGAGAGAGAUAGCAGCAUCGAGGGAAGGAUUCCAUUGAUUGAUAUUCAUAAUGAUCACACAAUUAUUAUCACACACUGUAUGUACGAUUAUAAUAAUGCCGGCCGCACAGCCGCAUGGCCGUGGCUUUUAUCCGGGGGGAUGGACUGAGAUGUUAAUUAAUUUGCCAUUGCUUCCGAGCCGCUCACGUUCACUUUACUGCCAUUUUGUGCACGUAGCAGCGCGCUCUAUAUGGGACUGUUUUGCUGUAGAUUACUGCUUUUUUGUUGUUGUUUUGUUUUCGGUGAGUCCACUAAGCAAUGAUAAUUAACUUUGAUUUAACUGCUAAUCGAAUACUAAAAUAGAUUGUUGCAUUUUUAAGUUUUCUAAAAGCCACAUAGAUUCAAUUAUUGCUACAAUGAUUCUGAAUUUAGUAUACUUUUGUUAUUUUUGAUGCAUAAGUUUACAGUUCCUGAGUAAAUCGGGGAAAAAUUAAUAAUGAAUGCACGUUUUUAUACGAUUUCUAUUUUUAUUAAGGUGCAAGUAGAGAUAUUAUGUGCUAUGAUGCUCCAAAGCACAAUUAAUUCAUUGCCUCAGUGAAAAAAUAUUCUUUACUACCAAAUUAAACUCAAGUAACAACAUUUAUUGCAAGGUUUUUUUAAUUAACCUAAAGUCGCAAUAGAGAUGUUUAUCAUUGAUUCACUCUUUACAGAUCUAUGCAAUAGAAUGCAUUUCAAACAUCGCUAACUCAGGCUCAAAGUCUCUAUAUAAUUAAAUAUAAAAGAAAAUUAAACUUCCUUUCAACAGUGCUCUUUUGGUACCUCAACUCACUCACUCUCUGUGCCGCAUAACGAUAGGAUUAAUAUUUAAUUUUUUUGCAUCCAAAUCACUCACUCUCUGGUCCGAUGAUUUGGAAUAAAACUAACUAGUUUUAUGGCCUUACUAAGGACUCGUUUUUGUUUGUUGGAUUCUUCUUCGUGAACAAGUUCUGAUAAAUCCCGGAAUGUUUGAGCUAUAAAAACAGAAUCAAAAGCGAAGAGAAUCACAUUUACUCUUGGUGCACAUUUAGCGAUUAUUAAACCCAUAAACAAAACUUCCAAUCCCAGAAUAAAUCCUAUUUUUAGUACACACAAUGACCGAAGACA